AUGUAUCUUUACAUGCUGCUGCUGCAGCUGCAGCAGCAGCAGGUGCAGCAGCAGCAACUGCAGCAGGAGCAGCAGCAGCAGCUGGAACAGCAGCAGCUGCAGCAGCAGGAGCGGCAGCAGCCACUGCAGCAGGAGCAGCAGCACCAGCAGCAGCUGCUGCAGCAGCAGGAGCAGCAGCAGCAACUGCAGCAGGAGCAGCAGCAGGAGCAGCAGCAGCAGCAGCAGCAGCAGCAGCAGCAGGAGGGUAAAGUAAAGAAGAAGAGCAUUUAA